CAACAUCAUGACAACAGAGAAGAGUUUAGUGGCUGAGGCUGAAAAUUCACAGCACCAACAACAGAAGGAAGAGGGAGAGGGAGCUAUAAACUCAGGCCAACAAGAAACUCAGCUGGGAGAGGUUUCUCAAGCAGCAGCUGAGGGAGAUAAUCAGUGUGAGCAGAAGCUGAAAACAUCUAAUGGAGACACUCCUACACAUGAAGACUUGACCAAGAACAAAGAGCGGACAUCAGAAAACAGGGGCCUGUCACGGCUGUUCUCCUCAUUUCUCAAAAGGCCUAAAUCUCAGGUCUCUGAGGAAGAAGGCAAAGAACUAGAGUCAGCUAAAGAGAAAGGUGAAGAAGGUCAGAAAGACAUAGAAUUUGCAACCAGUCUUGAUGAAGAAGUCAUUUUAAAGGCCCCAAUUGCAGCUCCUGAACCGGAACUCAAAACAGACCCAUCCUUGGAUCUUCACUCAUUAAGCAGUGCAGAAACACAGCCUGCUCAGGAAGAACGCACAGAAGAUCCAGAUUUUGAAACUAAGGAAGGAGGAGGAGUUGAAGAGUGCUCUAAAACAGAAGUGAAAGAAGAAAGCCCUGAAUCAAAAGCAGAAAGAGAAUUAAAAGCUUCCCAGAAAUCAAUCAGAAGACACAGAAACAUGCAUUGCAAGGUUUCUUUGUUGGAUGACACAGUUUAUGAAUGUGUUGUAGAAAAACAUGCAAAAGGACAAGAUUUACUUAAGCGAGUGUGUGAACACCUCAAUCUUUUGGAAGAAGACUACUUUGGUCUAGCCAUUUGGGAUAAUGAAAACUCCAAGACAUGGCUGGAUUCUGCCAAAGAAAUAAAAAAGCAGGUUCGUGGUAUCCCUUGGAAUUUCACAUUUAAUGUAAAGUUUUAUCCACCUGACCCAGCACAGUUAACAGAAGAUAUAACAAGAUAUUAUUUAUGUCUUCAACUUCGACAAGACAUAGUUGCAGGACGUCUGCCCUGUUCCUUUGCAACUUUAGCUUUAUUAGGUUCUUAUACCAUCCAGUCUGAGCUGGGCGAUUAUGACCCUGAACUCCAUGGUUCGGAUUAUGUUAGUGAUUUUAAACUGGCCCCAAAUCAGACCAAGGAACUUGAAGAGAAAGUCAUGGAACUGCAUAAGUCAUACAGGUCCAUGACUCCAGCUCAAGCUGACCUGGAAUUUCUUGAGAAUGCCAAAAAGUUGUCUAUGUAUGGUGUUGACCUUCAUAAAGCAAAGGACUUGGAGGGAGUGGACAUCAUCCUAGGUGUCUGCUCUAGUGGCCUUCUGGUUUACAAAGAUAAGCUGAGAAUUAACCGCUUUCCUUGGCCCAAAGUGCUGAAGAUUUCUUAUAAACGUAGCAGCUUUUUUAUCAAGAUUCGGCCUGGAGAGCAAGAACAGUAUGAAAGUACCAUCGGAUUCAAACUUCCCAGUUACCGAGCAGCUAAGAAAUUAUGGAAAGUCUGUGUAGAGCAUCACACAUUUUUCAGACUGACAUCUACAGACACCAUUCCUAAAAGCAAAUUUCUUGCACUGGGAUCCAAAUUUCGAUACAGUGGCCGAACUCAAGCUCAAACCAGACAAGCUAGUGCUCUGAUUGACAGGCCAGCCCCACACUUUGAGCGUACAGCGAGCAAACGGGCAUCCCGGAGCCUUGAUGGAGCGGCUGUCGAUUCAACAGACCGAAGUCCUCGGCCCACUUCUGCACCGGCCAUUGCUCAGAGUCAGGACACAGAAGGCAGUGUGCCAGGUGCACCUGCCAAAAAAACAGUGGUUUCUAAAGCACAGAAGGAAACAGUGAAGGACGAAGUGAAAAAGGAAGAAGUGCCACCUGAGCAAGCUGAGCCAGAGCCCACAGAAGUGUGGAAGGGGGAAAAAACCCACAUCGAGGUCACAGUACCCACCUCAAAUGGUGACCAAACACAGAAGCUUGCAGAAAAAACUGAAGAUCUGAUAAGAAUGAGGAAGAAAAAGAGAGAGAGACUAGAUGGUGAAAACAUUUAUAUCAGACAUAGCAAUUUAAUGUUGGAGGAUUUAGACAAAAGUCAAGAAGAGAUCAAAAAACAUCAUGCCAGCAUCAGUGAACUGAAAAAGAACUUCAUGGAAUCUGUACCUGAACCACGGCCUAGUGAGUGGGAUAAACGCUUAUCCACUCACUCCCCGUUCCGAACACUUAACAUCAAUGGCCAAAUCCCAACAGGAGAAGGAGUGAAGAAAACUGUCCUUCCCUCGGAAAGAAAGGUUGGUGGGCCAGAGACACAGGAACGUGCUCUGUUAGUACAGGAUGAAGAGAAAAUUAAAAGGCAAGAGAGAUCUACUGAAAGAGCUUUGCCUGAGCAAGAAAAUGAAGAAGUUCUUCCCAAGGUUUCUAUUCCAAUCCCUGAGGAUCACAAGUCUUUCAAAAAGUGCCACCUCUACUCUAAUGCUCUUCCAUCUCCUCGUAUUCCUUUCAUGAUGUCUUUUCUCGUGGUUCUUGCAUUGGCUGUUUGGUGGUUGGUCUUUCUGUGAUUGGAAAACAGGGUGCUCAUCUGAAAUGUCAAGACUAAAACUGUCGAACUUUUGGCUUCUACUGUAUGAUGCCCUCUGAUCUUGAUAGCUCAUUGUCCUUGAUAGCUCUUGUGAUCAUUUUUCUGUCAAUAAAAUGUUACUCUUUGUAGAAUAUGCAUUAUGGGGUACAAAGGAGUAGGAAUGGAUUGCCUAAGUCAGCUUUCUUCACUGAAGUGAACAAGUUUAGACUAAUCAGAUUUAAGCGUAUGGCAGGUUGGUCCUUUCUCCAAAAGCUUUUGCUCUUUUAUCUUUUAUGUUUUUAUUAUUUAUUGUUGCUGUGUCCUCCUCUUCAGUGUUUCACACAAAGCAAGAUACUCUGCAGAAACAUUCAAUGGAAUAUUUUCCUAAUCUUCCAUAGUCAUUUGUGUGGCACAGGCUCUGUAGUUUAAGAAAAAAAUUCAACUUGCUAACCUUUCAAAAGCCUUAAAAUGACACAUUUUAAUCUACGAAUCCAAAACCACUCCUUUUCUUGAUAUAUCAAACCAGUAUAUACAAAGGCCCUUUUUUUGAAAAGGGCUUUUGACUUCUGUGGCCUUCCUAAUGUGUAUUUCUGAGAGGUACAGGGACAAACAACUUCAUCCUGUCUGGUGUAGAGAAGAGUUCUGCAAAGGUUAAAUGCCAUCUUUUCAUAAAUAAAAUGUUGAUGGUUUAAGGAAAAUGGUGCUGGUAUCCCAUAGCCUCCAGCCAGGACUGAAUUUCCCAGACUACUCUACCCAUCUUUAGAAGUCCUGGAAUACAGAUUUAUUCAAGAUCUGUACAUAAACAUACUCUUCUGAAUUAAAAUACUGUGUUUGUCUUUAUGACUUAAGUAAUUAGUUAUAUUGCUAGAAGCAUAAUUUAGCCAUGUGGCAAGCUUAAAAUACAUAUUGAUAUAUUUUGUUUUCUUGGUACACUUUAAACACGUUUGUUCUUACAUUUGUGUUGAAACCAAUUGUUUUGAAUUGAUGACCUUGUGAGCUAAAAAAUUCUUUAGUGACAAGUGUGUCCUAUGUUUGCAUGUUGAUUUUUAAGUCUUUCCUGAAGUAAAUAUGAGUGUGCUCUCUCUUCACAACAUAACUCGGAUGUCGAACCUGUUACUUUCUACCUUUAUUAAUGAAGUCUUGCAUGUAGCUUGCUUUUUAUAGCACUUAGAUGUACCAAUGUGGGUGAUUUGGUUAAUGUCUCAAAUAUUUGUUUGUAAGUCUAGUUCAUAGGGUCAUCAAAAUGAGAUUAUUGCACUUUCUUUUACUCUUUAAUGCUUUUUAGGUGGUGAAACUGCUAAACAUGACUCUUUGUUUUUAAGAUGAUGGCUUCUUAGAGCAAAAAAAGAAUAGUAAAACCAAGAAUCUUUUGUCCUUAAGCAUUAAUCACUAUUGUUUUAUUGUCUCUAUAGACAUGCAGAAGUAAUUCUCUGGUAUUCCUGAAAACUGUUACUCUGUCAUUAUAGGCUUUCCAAAAACAAAACACACACACACACACACACACACACACACACACACACACACACACACCAAAAUAAAGGAAAAAGAAGCAAGGAGCAUGUUAAGUUUAAAAAUCCGGUAUGAGUGUGUAUCUUUCUUGUCAGAGGCUAUAUCUGUUUCCAACAAAUAUUUUAUAAUUAAGCAUAUUUAUUGAUUCAUUCAUAAAAAGAAAAAAAAAGUCAAGUCAACCUGAAAUAUUGCAAAGCUAUUCUCUAACUUAGAAGGUGAUCAUCAUAAAUAUUCCCCUUUACCUGUGAAAUAGAGAUAUGAGCUUUCUUAUGAAAUAAAUAAAACUAUAGCAUUGGUUUCAAUUAUUUUUUCAAGGAACUAGGAAGGAAAUAACCUUAGAAUGUUAUUGAUACUUUUAUAACUGUUCAGAUUAUAGUUCUAGUUUUCUUUCCUAUCCACAGCUUUUUAUUAUUAUUUUAAACUUCACCUUGAAAUUUUUUCCCUUUGUAUUAGAGUUAUUCCAAAUUCAUUAAAAGUCUAAUGUAAUCCAGUAAUACUUUUCAGUUUUAUCAAGUGCAGCACGAGUCCUCACAGAUCCUCCUGAUGGAGAAGGGCUAAACCUUUAUUUGUAUUUGACUAAGUUGGCUCAAAAAUUAUUCCCAACACAAUUAUCAGAAGAAACACAUUGGACAUUACAGCUUUGUAUUACCUAAAAUUAAUGCUACUGAUACUGGUAACCUAAAGCUGUAAAUAGUUUUGGUUUCCUUCUCAUAUCUCAUUCCAUUCUCAAUACCAGAGACAGAUCCAAAUAACUGUGUAUUGGUUUUACCCUGGUUCUGUUUCUUUUUACAUAUAUUUAUUUAUUUAUUUCAGAGAGGUAAGGAGAGGGUUAGAGAGAUAGAAACAUCAGUGAUGAGAGAGAAUCAUUGAUUGGCUGCCUCUUAUGCCCCCUACUGGGGAUUGAGCCCACAACCCCAGCAUGUGCCGUGACUGGGAAUCAAACCGUGACCUCCUGGUUCAUAGGUUGACACUCAAUCCCUGAGCCACACCAGCCUGGCUGGUUCAAUUUCUUAAUGGCAGGUUUAUAAGUAAAAAAUAAUUUGAACUAAAGUUAUUAAUACAGACCAGUAAAAAGUCUUGAGUGUUUGCCUUGGUUUUAUUUAUUGCUAGAGUAACUGAGAGGUUCACUUAUGUGGUGCCCAGAUUUCCACCUAGUAGUGUAGAGACAAACCUACCUCAUGAGAAUGAAUCUGUUACAUAUUCCAGGCACCAGAAACUCUGGUUAUUGUUUAAUUCCUGCUUUUUUGGGGACUGGGAAGAUGGAAACUAAAAAACAAACACAUGAAAUUAAGAAAUUAAAUAGCUAUGUUUAUUUCCAUCUACUCCUUAUUGGUAUUUGAAGAAGCACUUACAACUACUAAAGUUAAAAUGUCUUUCCAAAUUCAUUAAACUCUUAAACAAUUCAUUUUAUCCUUAUGACAUACUUAGAGUGGGCCAUACUUGUGAAUAAAGCCAGCAUCAAUAUUUCGGACCUACCUUUUAGCCAUUUUCUAUGAAGAAGAUUCAGUUUGCAUGGGUGAAUUUUACUACUUGUUUACAUUUUUGAUAAAAGUUUUGAAGAGAGAAGAUUACUCUGUUGACACAUUAGACUGCGGUUAUCUGUGGAUUAGAUUUCCAGAUCAUCCUACAUCCUACUACAUGUCUUCCUAUUAAAUAUCAUUAUAAAUUUUACUCUGAAAUUUAUGUGAAUAUAAGCCAAUUCACUUUCUCCUACAUUCCUAAGUCACUUCUGUAAUAAGCAUAUAGGCAUAGAGUCUCAGUUAUUUUUUUAGAAGGCAUUACCAAUCAAAAUCUAUGUUUGGGUUUUACCCUUUCCUUUCAAAAGGAAGCCCUAAAAUUCAAAAAUAAUAUAAAAUGCUUUUCACUGUUGCGUGUUUUUGCCAAGGGUAUUGAGUAUAGUAAAGAUAUACAGAACAACUCCAGAGUUUCUUUCCUUUUUAUUCUUCAUAGACGUUACAAAAUCCCAGUCUCGCUCUAUACUGUAGUGGAUGGUAUCAGUAAGUCUGCCCUCACUUCUGCUCCUGUUACCCCUCACACCUUAGGAUCUCCUUUGUACUGCAACAGAACAUGACGCAAAAAGAAACACCUUGGUGUGGACUUAGGAAUGGGCAUCUGAAAUGGUUAAGAAGGUAUGGUUGUUAGAGUGAAGACGCCAUAUAAAGUUAGGCUGCACGAGGAAGAGAUGUGGCUAUGGCCAACAAUUACAAAUUCAUGGAAUAUUCCAUUUCCUAAAUGAAAUUCCUGUCAUACUAGAACUUGAAAGACAAGAAGAGAAAAUAAUUUAUUGCGUCCAUAGAUAGGAAAUACAGAUUAAAAGCUAAAUAACUUUAAUAAUAGCCUAACUAAAUAUAUAGAAUGACAGAUUGUUGAGGAAACAUGCUUUAUUAGUGCUUUUCUCAUCUUUUGCGAUCGAUAUCCUAGACGGCACCCUCCCCUUUAUCAUAGUCAGAAUUCUGUUUGGGGUAAAUAAUAGAAUAAAUCUAACAUUUAGAGAUUAAAGGAGCUAGGGGAAGCAUAGAGUCCCAACUAUCUUUGUGGGUCCCCCCAAAUCAAUAAAGGAUGCAGUUUAGUCUCAUUUUCUCUUCUAUUGUCUCUUAAAAAGAGUCUUUGAUAUGUGUAGGAUCCUAUCUCAACAAAAUGCAGAGGAUAAAAAUCAAGGAAAGGCAUGGUUACUGCUGUCCAUGCAUUUAUUCAUGGCCCACUAGGGUAAUGAAUUGCAGGAUUAUCAGAAUUUUAGGAUCCAACACCUCUCCCCUACAAUGCUUGACUCUAUUGUACAGUAUCAUUUAGAGAUUUAGAGAUCAGGUGGUCUCCUAGCCUGUGUUUAAAUAUCUCCUAAGAUACAGCACAUUUCAUCUUUGGACAUCUCUGAUUUUUGUAUAAAAGUCAUUCUAUCUUCCACAUUAUAAGCUCUUUGUAUAAUUAAAAGUAACUGUCAUGUUGGAAUUAGUCACAGUUAUUGCCCUCAGAUAACUUACCAUCUUAUAUCCAGAUCUGUCCCAGUCUUCCUCUUUCUGCUUGCUUCCUUUCUUUUUUAGCAUUCCUUGCUUUAGCAGCUCUUUCUCUUUCUGGCUCUAUUGCCCAUAGGUUGCUUCCCUGUGGUUUAUUUAGCUUUAUGUCCAUACCCAUUGACUUGUCCUCUGUAAAGGAACAUUUUGAAAUUCCUGUAAAUCCCAGCUUCUUCAUAGAUAACACAGACACCUGGGAUUUAUUUUUUUAGAUCUAAGUUUGCUUGCUUCUCUGACAGCCUGACUAACGUUUACAUACUUAACACCCCAAGUGAUCUGAUUUAUACCAAUGAGAUCUGAUAAAACUAUGGAAACUUGCUUUCUGUUUAACAUUCUGAUUAUGAUUUAGAUCUCCACCAGAAAAAAAAAAUUAAAACUUUGAAAUGUUGUUAAUCUGUACCUUUUAGUUUGUGCCUGUCUUCUCAAAACUGAGAUUCUCAAAGGUGAGAGUCCUUGUUUUGUUCAUCUCUGUUUGCCAGUCUGUCACCUCUGUAUCUCAGAUAUAGUAUAACAAAUAACUGAUAAUUGUUAAACUGAAUUAAAUGAUUAGUCACAAAUGGUAAUGGAUCAACUCUAACUUUUCACUUAGACUUUCUUAUAUUGGGACACAGAUGUGUGCCAAAUUCUUCACCGUAUGUCCAGUCAGUACAUGCAGGUAGCCCAGAAACCCGUAUACAACCCAGAAGCCACUGUCUCUUGUUAAUUCAGUAGUAUGGCCCCUGGUUUAUUCAAAGAAUCUACAUAUACCUCUGUGAUAGGUGUUAGUCUCUCUAAUAAAUGUCUUAUAAUUUGGUUCAAUUAAAAGUUCUUAUCCUUUUACUACAGGUAAUAAUCAAUUAUUUUCACUAUAGAACGUAUUAUCAAGACAGGUAUGUUUCUGUAUGUAUAAAUUCAUCUUGGAUUAUGAUAUCAAAAAAGAACUUCAUUAUUUGACGAUUUGUAUUUAUCAAAAAAUGCAUUACAGAGAGCAGUUGAUACAUGUGUGUUUUACUUGAUAUAAAAACAUGAAAUAUGUCAAACUCUUGUGAUAGCAAGAGUUUUAGAUAUAUCACAUAGACCAGGGGUUGGCAAACUUUUUCUGUCAAGCACCAAAUAAUAAAUAUUUUUAGGCUUUACAGCCCACAUAGUCUUUGUCAGAAUUUUGCCAUUGGAGAGUGAAAGCAGCAUACACAAUAAGUAAACAAAUGAAUGUGUUCUAAUCAGACUUUAUUUAUAUAGACACUGAAAUUUGAAUUUCAUAUCAUUUUUACGUGUCAUUAAAUAUUAUUCUGUUUUUCCCCAUCAUUUAAAAAUAGAGAACCAUUCUUAGAUCAUAGCCUGAAGAAACCAGGAGAGGGCUGGAUUUGGCCUCCUGGCUGCAGUUUGCUGACCUCUGGCAUAGGUCUUGAGAAACAGAGAUUGACUAAUUACAUUUUCUGCCCUUGUACUGUUUUGAAGAGCUGUAGUUGUAAUCUUGUCUUCAUUCCUUGUAGAGGUAUUUUUUAUCUUGUUUAUGAUUAGAAAUGGAAAACAAAAGACAAGGUAUUUGUCUCUGUUUAUCUGGCAGAGUACACCUGAACAAUAAUCUAAAACAUCUGUAACCACCACAGCAUGCCUGCCUUUGUCAGUUUUCCAAAUUUUUGUUCUCUGUUAACAUAUUGCCUUUGUAACAUAUUCAGUGAUGAAUCCAGCUAACUCCUUUGGUGUUUGUUUGUUUUUUGUUUUUUAAGGGUCUACCUCCAUUUUCCCCUAAGGAAUAAACAAUUCCCAAAUUCACCUUCUCUUUAGCCAAGUUUUAGACAUUAUCUAAAAACCAUGGUAAAGAAAGUGAAAUUAUUUUCAGUCUCAACUUUUGGUACACCUUAGUGAUGUAAGCGGUUGGGUAUCUAGGAAAACCUUUUAGAAGGGUUCCUCCUUCAAAAUAAAGAGAUUUCUCUGACAGGAAUUCCUCCAUUCAGAACCUAAUUAGGCAAUAUUUACCAAUAAGUCAGAAUAAAGUGAAGUUAUAUUCUUUCAUAAGUGUCUUUGCUUCCAAAUUGACGUGGUUGUGUUCUGAAGGAUUCCUUGAUCUGUAAUUAGCUUUGGGAGGUCCUUUCUAAUAAACCCCUAACAUGUUCUUUUCGGUUUCUUGGUCCAAGAUUCUUGAGCUCUGAUACUCGGUUGAAUAAACUGUUUAUCCAUUUAGCAGUUCAACAAUAUAUGUAAGCCUCUGCUGAGAACUUCUCUUUUGGAACAAUUUCUUUGAUAUUUUUCUCACGUUAUUUGCUCUGUUAAUAUGUAAAUUUAUCAUGAAUAAAUCUUGUUGCAAAUCUGA